AUGGGUGCUAAAAAGAAAAGCAAAGCGAAUAAACUUUCUAGAAUGUCCGAAGAAGAAAAAAUAAGAUAUUUACAACAUAGAGCAGCAAUCGAAGAAGAAGCCAAAAGAAGAAAACAACAAUUAAUAUCAACUUUUUUAAAGAACAAAUUAAGAAGAGAACAUAUUUUUUUAAGAAUAAACGAAGCAAAAAUAAAUCAACAAUGGAGACAUAUACUAAGACAAAUGAAAUGUUCAGAACUAAAACAAGAAAUAAAGGAUUUGGCAAAAUGGUUCGAUUAUCAAAUAAAUAAAAAAAACGUUAAAAUUCAAGAAGUUUUGAUGGAUUUAAACAUGGCCGAUCGUCAAUAUUCUUUUCUUCAUUGCAAACAAUCAGAAACGUUUAAAAAACUAAUAAUUUUACACGAACACCGCGUUCAACAUUUUUUAAAUUAUUAUGAAGAGGAAAAAAAUUAUGCAAGAAUAAAAGCCAUGAAAGACAUAAACGAUAUAAAAAUAUCUUGUUUAAACGAUCAAGAACAAUUAAAAACAAUUUUAUAUGGUAUGGAAAAAAAAUUUAAUGAAACAAGUGAAAUAUUAACCAAUAAACAUCAAUCAAAAAUGGAUGAAAUAAGAAAUAACAUGUUGACAGAUAUGGAAAAAUUAAAAACUACAAGAGAAUCCAUUAUAGGAAACAUAUGGCAAAAUAUUCAAAAUGUUAUUAAACAAUAUUGGAAUCAAACCGAAGACAGACGACAGGAAUAUUUAAUUAUGAAAGAUUCGGAUUAUGAAAACGGUUUAAACAUAUUUGAAAAUAAUCGUCAGAUAAACGAAAUGGUGAACUUCAUCAACAAUUUAAAAAAUACUUAUUUGAAAAUCCAUAUCGAAGGUGAAAAGAAAAUAUUGAAAUUUUCACAAGAUAGAGACAAAUAUCGAAAAGUUUUUCAAAAUCUUAACAGGGAAGUUUUCGAUGAAAUACAAUCGGAUAAGAAAAAAUUAAAUUUUAUGAAUUUGAUUGCUGAUAAAACAACUGAUAAAUUAACAAAAUUACUUAAUUUGGGACGACAAAUAUUACAAAUUCAUAACAUGUGUAGAAAAUUAGAAACAUUAGAUGAGAAAAUAUAUCAAGAACGUCACGAUAAAUUUCAAUUGACACAAGAAGAAGAAGAUGAAAUUAAUAAAGAAUGUGAAAAAAUUGAAGAAAAUUUACCUGAAUCGAGUGAAUGUGAUUUUAUAGAUUUGGAUCAAGUUUGGAAAAGAUAUAAUCGAAUCCUUUUGGAAAAGGAAGCAUUGGCUCUUCACAUAAAAGGACCUUGUGCAAACGGUAUUAAAUGCAUUCAAAAAAGGCCAUCGACGAGUAUUUUAACAAAAAGGAAAAAUGAUUUAUUCGAUAUACCUUUCAGUGGAAUAAGAAAAGUUUCGACAGCACGUCAAUUAACAAGAAUUGAUUUAAUUAAACAAAUAUGA